CUUCAACGAAAAACAUUUUUAGUUCUAAAAUAAAAAUACAACCAUGCUCAAAUUAGGAAUAACUAGAGGAUUAUCUAAAAUAAAUCGGAGUGUAUGGCAACCUAUUAUUAAAAGUGACUUUUUCACAAGCACGUGUCAGAACACCGGAACACUUCAUUUUGAGAGAGAGUGGAAACCACCAAUAAAUGUAAAAGGCUGGCCUAGUAAAUUACAUGCUCGUCACUCAAUUUACAGAGUUGUUGGAAGGGAACUUGGUCCCACAGAACUGAAGGUCAUAUUGACAAAAGAUUCUCUUGAAUUUGGUGUGGCAGGUGAAGUUUUAGUGUUGGAAAAGAUGAUUGGACGGAGUAUGAUAAAUAAGGGGGAGGCUACAUAUGCAUCUCCGGAAAAUUUAGAAAAAUUUGCAAGCCAUUCCAUAAACAAGUCUCCGCAAACAACGACAGGUAGAAGGUUGUUGCUUUGGUUACGGACAACACAAUUAGAAUGUCCUAUGCGAUCUGAUGUCAGUUGGGUGAUGACACCUGCAAUCGCUGCACGAGGGUUGCAGAGGGCACACAAUCUCGUUGUUGCAAAAAACGCGUUGGAAUUGCCAGAUUAUCCCAUCACAUCAGAUAAUCCUGAUUCCUGGUCUCAGCAUGAUAUAAAAAUUUCUGUGAAUGGUAUUGAUACCAUAACUGUGAAAAUGAACAUAAUUCAAUGGAAUAAGGAGAAUAAGAAUUUAUGAUCAAGAUCAAUAUAGCAUGGAUAGAGUCCAGUGGACUUCUUGGACAGUAACUGCUUCUAGGGGGAUAUUGGCGACGACAAGCAUUGGAAAUUAAUAUUUGCAAACAUCAAAAAGUAACUGAUUUCUGGAAUAUCAUAAUGUACAGUGGUGUGAAAGUUUAUAUUGUAGUAUGCAAUAUGAAUACUGUAUUGAUAGACUGUAUUGAGAUGUUGUCCAUUGAAGGAAUCUAGAACGCGAAAUUAAAUAUUUUCUGCAUGUGCAUAUCAUGCGUAAUGUUUUUCUUUUCUGCCAACCCCACGGUUAUAUUCACUUUAGGUGGUAAAUCCUUACGAGCAACUUCCACACGGUCAUUGUUCCAAAUGAAACUUAUGCAAGAAAAACGGUGGUAUUGUGGUACACUGUUCUUUAGAAUAUCAAUCUUCUACUCCACUUGGUGUUCAACAAAAUGGCUCGGCUGGAGGCUCAUUCUACGAAUCGUUGGGCCUACUGUUGCCAUCGCCUUUGAUUACCCUGUGUGAAUAUACGGUUUUGAAUCUUGUGGGGAUAAUUGUUUGCAAUAAGCCGACUCUCUGCCGCUGUGGACUGGUUCAUGUAAUAGCUGGUCGGUUACGGAUCCCUCCACCUUGAAGUCCAUGCAUCUGGAACAAAUAACUGGCCAACUUUUUCCAUACCCCUAUAUGAACUGGUAACCGGGCCUUGGUACGCCAUGGAAUUAUUUUUCUUGUCGGCUUUCCUCUCCCCGGUAUAAAAUGCUAUCUUAUCGAUUUAUACAUUGUCCAAUACUUUCGACAAAGUGAAUAAUGUAUGUGAAACCAUGUUGUAUAUUCACUCAGGUGCGAUUUUUAAUGUUUUAUUUCGCUUUGUUUGGUUAUAACCAGAGUUAGUUGACAUCAUAAUGUCAUUUGUAAUGAUAAAUUUCAAAACAUGCUGUUGUGCUAUUGUAGUUUAGUUAGGCCAUGUUUCAUUUAAAAAACGGAAUACAUUUGGCACGACUCGAUAAUUCAUUGAAGACAAUAGUUACAUUGUGUAUGUAAUGAAAUGCAUUUUGUUCGAUCUAUUCAUAUUCCUCUGCAAGUAACAGCACAACAUCAUUAUUACAACUUCGUCGAGAAUGUUACACGCAUUUAACUCGUGAUUGUUUUGUUCGUCUGGCGUGCACGAUAGUUUUUCUGUUUGUCGUGAGGUCAGUUUUAUCGCACGAUUCGAUGAAUUGCAAAUUGCCCAAUAAAUCAUUUUAUUAUACUUUGCCAUUA